AUGAGUCAAUCAGUUGGUGGGAAGCGGAAGAUCCAGGAAGAUGUAGAUGUCAAUGAUCGUCUUAAAAGAGUCCAUCUUACCAGCCAUACAGAGGAAGCGACAUCUGAUGAAAAUGAUCGACUACGCUCUUCUCUUGGGAGUAAAUCUAACCACACAAGUACGACCGAAGCGAGUGAAGAAUUAAUGAUCACAUUUACGAGUGAUUUGGUCCCAUCUGGAUACAAGAUUGAAAGAGCGGAAUGUGUUGACAUACGGAAGCGCCAGCAAGCAGAGGUUGCAAUAUCGCCAAUCGGGAAACCAAUCAAUGAUUUCAACACGCCGCUAGAAGUAGUAAUGGGGCUACGCGACGCCAUUAAGGCUCAUAGAUCUCUUUUUACCGAUGCCAAAAUAUUGCAUCGAGACAUUUCGGUGAAUAACAUCCUCCUGAAGAUCUGUGACGACCCUAAAGAUUAUGGAGGCAUUCUGAUCGACCUGGACCUUGCAACUUUGUUCAAGGACGGCAAGGCACAAGGGAAACUGGAAGUGAUGACAGGAACCAUGCAAUUUAUGGCACUAGAAAUCCUGAAGAACAGCUUCGCAGUACCUGGGGCUGUAGUGUCACACUCGUACCGGCAUGAUCUUGAGUCUUUUUUCUAUGUGUUGUUGUGGAUAUGUAUACGCUAUGGAUGGCCGGAUAACAAGUCACCGCAUUUGGACUUCUUAAGAAAGUGGUACUCAGGGACUGCCGAAGAGAUCCACACGAACAAGAAAAUGCAGAUGAAACUCGAAACAUUUGGAGAAGAGGUCUAUGAAUGGAUUCCACCUACUUUCAAAGUAACUGAAAAUCUUGUCCGAAAACUCUGGAAAAUCUUAUUUUGUAAGGGCGAAGAUAUUGCGACGGGUACCACUCAUGACCCUGACACUUUGUACAGCCCGAUAAUCAUGGCAUUCGAAAAAACCAUCUUGAAGCUAAAGUCGUAA